AUGGCAGCGGAGAAUGGUACAGAAAUUUCCCAAUUUAUUCUCCUGGGGUUCUCCAAGGACCCAGAGUUACAGCCACUCCUCUACGUGUUGUUCCUGACAAUGUACCUAAUCACGCUGCUGGGGAACUUAUUCAUCAUUGGUGCCACCGGCUCGAACCCUCACCUCCACACCCCCAUGUACUUCUUCCUUGCCAAUCUCUCCUUGACCGAUAACUGCUACGUCUCUACCACUGUCCCCAAGAUGCUGGUGAACACCCAGACACAAAGUAAAGGGAUAAGCUAUGAAGGCUGCAUGUCUCAGAUAUUCUUUUUCGUUCUCUUCGCCAGCCUAGAUGACUUUCUCCUGACCGUCAUGGCUUAUGACCGCUUUGUGGCCAUCUGCCACCCCCUACACUACAUGGUCAUCAUGAACCCCUGGCUCUGUGGCCUGAUGAUUCUGGGGUGCUGGGUCCUGAGUGUCCUGAAUUCUUUCCUUGAGAUCCUAGUGGUGAUGCGUCUGUCCUUCUGCACCAAGGUGGAGAUCCCCCACUUUUUCUGUGAACUUAAUACAGUGGUGAAACUUGCCUGUUCAGACACUUUUCUGAACAACAUGGUCAUGUAUGGUGCCGCACUCCUACUUGACGGGGGUCCUCUAUUCUGCAUUAUUUACUCCUACUAUAAGAUCGCCUCCUCCAUCCGUGGCAUCUCAUCAGCUCGGGGCAAGUAUAAAGCCUUUUCCACCUGUGCCUCUCACCUCUCCGUAGUUGCCUUGUUUUAUUUCACCAGCAUGGGAGUGUACCUGAGUUCAGAGGUUAGUGAAAGUUCGUACACAACCACCUUCGCCUCUGUAUUAUACAUGGUGAUCACCCCCAUGCUGAACCCCUUUAUCUACAGCCUCAGGAAUAAAGACAUCAAGAGGGCUCUGAACACACUUUUUAUGCGGGGAACAACAAAGCGUUCAGUUAUACCGCACUGA